AUUUUCUAGUACAAAAGCAGCUGCUGAUUAUUACAAAAUUACCUUGAAAAGAUCAACAAUUGGUCUUUCAAAAGAUGUUCGUGAUGCCACAAAGACACUUGGAUUAUUUCGUCUUCACCAAACUUCAUAUAAACCUGUCAACUCAUGCAAUGCAGGUCUCAUUCUCAAGUUGAAAGAAAUUGUCAAAGUUGAGUUGAUUGAUCAUAUUCCUACUAAAGAAGAAUUAUCAGCAAACAAGCCCUCAAGAGGCUACACAGUUGUCGGCAGCAAAUUUUAAUAUUUAUAUAUACAAUAUAUUUAUAAUGUACACAUGUAGAGAAAAAGCUUCAAAAUAAACGUACAAAUGUAUAUCAUUACCCCCUUUCUUUUCUUUUUUUUCUUAAACAACUCUUCAUCACAUUACUCGACAAAAAAGGGGGGCGUCUGGUCCACUUUUUUUUUUCACCUGUCACAUAAAGCGCAUACAUACACACACAGAAAAAAGAUCUCUAUUUAUUUUUAUGAAGGAUCUAAUAGAUUCUCUUGUGACAAACUUGACUGGAUUAAAGGAGGAUCAUCCCAAUUGGACAAGAGUUGUAGAAAAAGUGAGGCAUGACUUAAAGUACUUGAAGUGUACGAGCACAAGCGAGAGAGAGGUCGAUGAUAGCUUCAAAGGACUGGCAGAUAAAUUCAUUGUAAAAGGCAGACACGAACUAGCUGAAGCACUACUGAUGUAUAAAUCAGAGUUCCUGAGCGACUCAUUACCUAUAGGUUCACCUGAGAGCAAUCAGCAAAAGAUUUUAAAGUAUGAUAUGCUUAAACUCUUACUAUGCCUAUCGUCAUCGACACACCAUAUAUCCUAUACACCUAAACCCUCUCAGAUAACACGGAGUCCUCAAUUAACAUGGGAGAAUAUUAUUGAUGAAGAACCUUUGGAAGGAGAUCAUUGGAAAAGCUGGGCUGACCAAGAUACUUCAACAGAGGAACUCAGUGAUAAAGAUGCAUUUGAAGUGGAUGAUAGAAUAUCAAAGCCAAAGGAUUUUACUGUCAUGGACAAUGAACAAGAGCCGGAUUAUUUUGAAAGGAUAGAGCUUGAUCAUAGAGAGAAUCCAGAAGCGCUACAUCAUUUAGUCUCACAGCAGUACUGGCGACCUGACUUUUUGGUUUUAAAAGGUAAAAACGAUAAAAAUGCUCGAUUAUUACUAACAUCAAUAGAUUACCCAACCGAGUCCUCUUUAUUACAAAACCCGUGUAAACUAAGCGACAAACUGAUUCAUUCAAUAUAUACUGAUCGAGAUACGAGGUCUCUGAAAGUCAUAAAUGAAUUGGACGUCAUAAGAGAAGUAUUGUUCUUGUUAAACGGUCGAGAGGGGAUUAUAUUUGAAUAUAAUGACCACCAGCAAAGGUUUUUGCUAAAGGAUAAUUAUCUCGUUCAGCACUUGAGCCAAGGCGCCCUUAUAUCUGUACUGAAAGAGUUUUUUUCCUUUGGAAACAUUAUUUUGAAUUUGAGACGAAUGGUCAUGCAUAUUUUAUCAGAAUCACAAUACGGACAGACAGCACAGGCUUUUGCAGAAGUUGUCUAUGAAUCAUUACUGGCAUUCGAGGGCCUGCUCUCAAAUCUAGAGAGAGAUACGAGUCUGACAACGAAUGAAACAUCCAAAGUGGUAUCGCUGUUAAAACUAAGAAAUGAAAUACAAAAUCACCUACGAUGCUUUCAAGAAUUACAUGAUAUCGCAGCCAAGAUACUCUUUGUAAACAACAGUCCAAUGUUAAUAGCUUACUAUCUGAUAUCAACAUUAUACGAGCACACCUUGCUUAAUCAGCUCUCUGGACAGAAUACCGUAUAUGAUGCCCUCUUAUACGUCUUACAGCGGAUCAUUGUGCCUUUUGGACGGCUCAUGGAUGACUGGAUGUUUUAUGGCUCUUUGAAAGGCGAUACUUAUAAAGAGUUUUAUAUUGCAAGAAACGAAAAGAUACAUAUAAGCAGUGCAAAUGUUUGGAAGGAAGGGUUCUCUAUCAUACCAUUACCACAAGAAAGUGCCCGCUUUCCUUGUCCAUUAUUUGAGAAAAGAAACAUGGAGCGUAUCUAUUUCACUGGCAAGGCUGUAAACGUAUUACUGCAGGCCGAAAAAAUACAAAAACAACAAUUGUACCGAAACUAUGACUUUAGUUUAUUCUCCAGAGUACUACAGAAUUUUUUACCUAAAAAACAGCCCUUCAUAUCUCCAAUAGACAACUCUUUUCAGGGAUCAACACCGAAAAGAACAGAUGUACUAGCACAAAACUUAUUCCCCAUGAUAGAGGCAACCAGAAAACUGAGUAGCAAUACUCUGUUUGCAGAUCAUCAGGAUCAAAUAUCAAAUGACGCAGGAUGUCUAUUUGAUCAAAAUUUUAUUCAAUGCGUCGAAAAGUAUAUAGAACAACCAUAUGCUAGUACCGCUGAAAGAUUGAAUAGUGUACUACAUAAGCAUUGUUGUCUGCAAUCUCAGUUGGACUCACUAGCCACUGUCUAUCUGAUGCUUGAAAAUGAUCUAAUGCAUUCAUUCUGUGAGAUAAUAUUUACACAGAUGGACAAGAAUGAGUACUGGUUCGACCAGCGCAUAUUAAACAGCGUUUUUAUUGAAGCUUGCAAAUCAAGUGGGUAUGAUGAGACGGUAUAUAUUGAAACAAGAAAGAUAAAAGCAUCCACCGAAAUCAAUACGAUGGCAUCCAUGCUUGAAUUAAUCGACUUCAAAAUACAAAUAUCAUGGCCAUUAAACAACUUUAUCCUUGAAGGUAGUCUAGUUCAGUACUCUAAAGUUACUCAAUUCCUAUUUCGAAUAAGGCGUGCAAAGUAUGUACUUGAAAAGAAAACGUUCUUCAAAGGUGAAGCUAAGAACGACAAGAACGAUGUGAAUGCAAAGUUACUUUAUGCUCUUCGAAUGAAGAUGCUCUGGUUUGUAAACACCUUUUGGCAUUAUAUCACGACAACAGUUCUUUAUGUCGAGACGAUAGCACUCUACAAAAACCUCUCUAGCUCGACAGAUGCAGAUGAAAUAACAACCUUUCACUCUACAUAUAUGGAUCGUAUUGUUAAGAGAUGUAUGCUAGAUGACAAGUCAAUAGCUAUCAAAAGAGCAGCUACUAAAGUAUUUAACCUGACAGAGAACCUAUCAGACCUAUUUUUCAGAUACGCCCAAUUAGAACACUCAAACAGAAGAACGAGUAGAGAAGAUACCCAGGAUAGUCUCAGGUUCGAAAUUUAUGCUUUGGAGAAAGAGUUCAACCACACCUAUGAAUCUGUAAUUGUUGACUUGAAGACGCUAAGUAAGGAAGAAGGAAUGCCGUGGUGCGAAACACUAUCAGCUUCUCUGAAUGCUUAAAAGUACGAUCGCCUAUAUUCUAUGUAAAUAACAUACUUGUCAAAAAAAAAAUUAUGAUAAACUCUUUUGAACUAAAAGAAUAGUUUUCCAUGUCUUUCAAAUACUCUCUUAUAUUUUAAUGCUCUUAUUGUCAAAGAUACAAUAAUACCAACAUGUUUUUUUUUUUCUCUCUUUUGACACGACGAUAUCUACU